AGGCAUCAAACGCCUCCUUGCCAUCUUCGACAACAUGAAAGUGACAAUCCUUCUCGUCGCUGCCCUUGCCACAUUGGCCCUCGCCCGUCCUGACAAUGUCCUGAACAUCGACUUGGACGACAUCCAUCUCGAUCAGGAUAUCGCUGAGGACUCCACCAUCACCGGAUCCUACACAUGGACCGACCCCGAUGGCAACCAGCACUUCGUCAAGUACGUCGCUGACGAUGACGGCUACAGAGUCCUGGAGUCCAACGUCGUUCCAGCCACCGUUGACGGCGUCAGGGCCAACGGCGAACAGGGCUCCUUCGUCUCCCUGGAGGAUCUCGACGACUAGUAAGCGACUAGAACGACUUCUCUCGACUCAAAGAAUCCAUUUCCGAAGCUCUUGAUGUUUAGAGGUUCUGUAGAUCUGCAAUGUAGUCAUUAUUUAUUUAUUUGUGACUAUUUCAAUCAAUAAACGACUUUAAGAAAA